AUGGCAGCAGCAGCCAUGGAAGUAGACUUGGGGAACGAAUACGAUUCCAUCCAAAGAAAACAAUCCCUCUACAAAUCCUUGGAUGAGAGGUUUGGGAUACAGAAGGAGAUGUACAAAGGGCAACAGUACAGUCAAAUAUACUUUGCAAGGCUUCACCUGAUGAGAACUAUGCUUUAUUCUCUCAUCCCUAAUUGGAAACCCCAUCUUCCGGUUUGUAAUGUUCUUGGAUUGGAAGAAGGAAAAGAGUGCAUUAUUGUUGGAACUAUUUACAAGCACAUGAAACUCAAACCUUCUAUUCUUGAUGAGUAUUCUAAGGAGAGAUCUGCAACUCCACUCGUAAAACCCCAUAAUUUCGUGAGCUCAGAUGAUUAUUUAGUUUUGGAAGAUGAGAGUGGAAGAGUCAAACUUUGUGGCGCUCUACUGCUGCCUUCUUUCUUCGUAACAGGGAUUGUGGUUGCAUUGCAUGGAAAAGAAACCGGUGCAGGUGAUUUUAUGGUUGAAGACAUCCUAGAAGCUGGUUUUCCACACCAGAUAGAGCGCCCACUUGUAUCUGGUGAAGACAAAUAUGUUGUUUUUGUGUCGGGAUUAAGUGUUGGGGGCAGCUCCUCUAAUCCCCUCCAAUUUCAGCUUUUUAUCGAUCAUAUAACUGGACAUCUAGGAGACGAAAAGGAACAAAGUUUUGCAGCUCAAAUAGUGCAAGUUGUUAUUGCUGGUAAUUCUGUUGAAUAUCCCCGUACACUUCUUAAUGGUCAGAAUUUAAAUGCCAAGGAUCAGUCAAGAUUAUCUGAACCAAUAAAAGAGCUUGACAUCCUUUUGACCCAGAUUGCCGCUGGCAUACCUUUGGACAUCAUGCCAGGACCCGAUGACCCUGCAAAUUUCUCCUUACCACAACAGGCGUUGCAUAGAUGUCUUUUUCCUGGAUCGUCAGCUUUUAACACUUUCAGAUCCUGUAGUAACCCUCAUUCCUUUGAACUGGACAAUGUGAGCUUUCUUGGAACAUCAGGCCAGAACAUAGAUGAUCUUGAGAGAUAUUCUGAUGCAAACGAUAAACUUGAAUUCAUGGAAAGGACAUUGAGAUGGAGACAUCUAGCACCAACAGCCCCGAAUACUCUAGGGUGUUAUCCCUUCACUGAUAGGGAUCCAUUUUUCAUUGAAACCUGUCCUCAUGUCUACUUUGUUGGUAAUCAGGAGAAAUAUCAGAGUCGCUUGAUCAAGGGGUCAGAGGGGCACGUUGUAAGACUCAUUUGCAUUCCCAGAUUUGUUGAAACAGGAACUGCUGUGGUGUUGAACAUGAGAAAUCUUGAAUGCCAUACACUCAGUUUUGGGACUGAAUUCAGUACAUAA